AUGCUUCCUAGGAAGGGACUUCUCGCCCCACAAAAUACUUUUCUCGACACUAUAGCAACCCGGUUUGAUGGGACACAUAGCAACUUUGUGCUGGGAAAUGCCCAAGUUCCCACAGUAUACCCAAUCGUUUACUGUUCUGACGGAUUCUGUGACCUGACCGGUUUCUCCAGGGCUCAGAUCAUGCAGAAAGGUUGCGCUUGUUCGUUUCUUUUUGGACCCGAAACGACGAAAGAGGACAUAGAACAGAUCGAGAUGGCGUUGAAUAACAAAACUGAACUGAAGAUGGAAGUUAUGUUUUACAAACGAAACGGAAGUCCUUUUUGGUGUCUUCUGGAUAUCGUCCCAAUAAAGAACGAGAAACACGAAGUGGUGUUAUUCCUGGCCUCACAUAAAGAUGUCACCAAAACAAAAGUCGCUGAGAUGGAGACGUGCGAAACUGAUGCUAACGGCUUCCUGGAUGCCGAAGGAUGCUUGCCGAGUAGCCACUACCAGCGACGCAGAAGUCGUGCAGUACUGUAUCAGUUAUCUGGACAUUACCGCCAGGACAAGAUGAAAUCCAAAUUAAAGCUGAACAAUAAUAUCCUCCAUUCGACAUCGCUUCCCGAGUACAAAACGGCCGCCAUUAAAAAGUCUAAAUUCAUAGUUUCCCAUUACGGUGUAUUUAAAACCUGCUGGGACUGGCUAGUUCUCAUUUCUACUUUCUACGUAGCUAUCGUCGUACCUUACAGCGCCGCCUUUCGGAACAACAAGGAAACUCCAUCCAGGAAUAAGACAAUCAUAUCUGACGUCAUUGUCGAAGCUUUUUUUAUUGCAGACAUUGCCAUCAAUUUUCGUACUACGUUUGUCAGCAGGAAUGGGGAAGUUGUCGCCAAGUCCAAGUCCAUUGCUGUUCACUACGUUCGGAGCUGGUUCGUUGUCGAUCUUCUUGCGGCUCUACCGUUUGACCUGUUGUACGCGGCAAACCUUUACAGUAGGAACACCUUGAUGCACUUGUUCAAACUUACACGUCUGCUCCGUCUGGCUCGACUUCUUCAGAAGAUGGACCGAUACUCUCAGUAUAGUGCCAUCAUCCUAACUAUGUUGAUGUUAAUGUUCUCCCUCGUCGCUCAUUGGAUGGCCUGCGUCUGGUACGUUAUUGCACUGGAAGAAAUAGACGCUAAUCCAACGCAGUGGGAUAUAGGAUGGCUCCACCAACUAUCCGAUAAACUGGGUUACGAUCUUGUAAAUUCCACAGAUACAGCUACAGCUUAUAUUACCGCCCUCUAUUUUACUACCAGCAGCCUUACUAGUGUAGGGUUUGGAAACGUAUCUGCCAACACCAACACCGAAAAAGUAUUUUCUAUACUCACCAUGCUUAUUGGUGCCUUAAUGCACGCAGUAGUUUUUGGAAACGUCACUGCGAUCAUUCAACGUAUGUACUCGAGACGAUCCCAGUACCAGACAAAACUAAGGGAUCUCAAGGACUUUUUCACACUUCAUCAGAUAUCGAAGCAGUUACGACAGCGAAUGACAGAUUACUUCCAAACCACGUGGUCUCUAAACCACGGAAUUGAUCCAAAUGAAGUUUUACGGGAAUUUCCUGACGAGCUACGAGGGGACGUUUCCAUGCACCUGAACAAAGAAAUACUAUCCUUGCCUAUUUUUGAGACGGCCCCUCAAGGAUGUCUCCAACAGCUAUCUCGUCACAUUAAGAGUAACUUCUGCGCACCUGGUGAAUAUUUAGUCCACAAAGAAGACGCCUUAGGCUACAUAUAUUUUGUGUGCAACGGUUCUAUGGAGGUGUUGCAGGACAAAAUGGUCGUCGCCAUCUUGGGAAAGGGAGAUCUUGUUGGAUCUGACAUCGCUGCCAACCUAAAUGAUGCCGUAAUGAAAUCCAGUAGUGACGUCAAAGCCCUAACCUAUUGCGAUUUAAAAUGUAUUUUUAUACCCGGCUUGAUGGAAGUACUCAAACUCUAUCCCGAUUUCGCUGAAAGUUUCUGUCAUGAUAUCUUACACGAUCUGACUUUCAACCUCAGAGAAGGUUACGAAAAUGAAAUCCUCCAAACGGACCUACCUGACUGCUGCAACUUACCCAGAUCCUCCAAACGGACCUACCUGACUGCUGCAACUUACCCAGAUCCUUCAAAGCGACAUGCUCCCAUAGCUUUUGACAUAGGAGAAAUUAAUGGUGAAGUUGGUGCCGUGCCCUCUCUAUCAUCAUCAUCUUCAUCAUCUUCAGAUAUGGACGGUCCACCGUUAGAGUUGAGUGAACUGAGAGAUGAAGUGGAGAUCAUAAGAAACGGUGUCCAACGACUGGACAUGCAAAUGUCAGAGCUGGCACGCGAUGUUGGAACUCUGAGUCAGGAA